CGUGUGUGUGUUGGCUAGGGAUCCGGGCUGAUUAGAAUGAGUGGGGCCCCCGGCUUAAUAGCACUGGGCGUGACAGUAUUAAGAAAUCCUCAGUUGGCUAUUGUGUGAGAUCAAUUGAAAUUACGCGUGCAGUCGGAGCAGGAGCCAUUUCGGCGUGGUGGCUUGCCGGCACCCAUUUCCUCCUGCCUGUUGGACUGUUAUCGCCACUAUGAGGGCUGCUGAUGGAUGAAUGAUUUCCCGACAGAGGAGCUUCAGUUUAUUGUGAAGUGUGCGGCUUCGGCUGGUGUGAUUUAGAGGAUACGAUGGUGGCAACGAAGACAGCUGCACCGGCAGCCGUGCUCCUCGUUCUCCUGGCCUUGCACGGAGCCGGCGGCUGCCCCAAGCAGUGCAAGUGUGAUGCGAAGACGCAAGAAGUCGCGUGCACGGGAAAGGGGUUGACGGAGAUUCCGUUUGGAUUACCUGUGGAUUCCAAGAGGCUGCUCAUCACGGACAACAGCAUCGCAGAAGUGACCGGGAGGCAGCUGAGCAAGCUCUCCCUGCUGGAGUGCCUCAGGCUCUCGAACAACAAAAUCUCAAAGAUCCAUUCGGGAGCCUUCAAGAAGCUGGUCAGGCUACGAUCCCUCCUCCUUGCAGGUAACAAUCUGACCAUGAUAUACAAAAAUACUUUUGAUGGCCUGGACAAUUUGACUGAGUUAGAUUUGAACAGUAACAACUUGCUUUUGCUCCAGGAGAACAUUUUCAGUAAUUUGCCCAGCCUAAAGACUCUUAAGCUUGGGGACAAUCCGCUCAUUUUUGUCCAAGAAAAGGCCUUCAAGGGCCUGCCAGGUCUGAAAGAGUUUGUGAUGAAGAAUACCAACGUUACCAUUAUGCCAUACACCGCUAUUCGGUCACUAUCAGGCCUGGUGACUUUAAGGUUAUCGCAGGAUAACUUUGACACAAUACAAGACAGGCCCUUCAAAGGUAUGACAAAAUUGAGAGAGCUGUACCUAACCGACUGGAAGAAGCUUACUAGUCUUGGUGAUGAUGUGUUUCGUGGCCUGAACUUAGAAGUACUAUCCCUAAAAAGGGCACAGCUAACUACAGUGCCAGUGAAGGCUCUGAGACGUUUGAGGCAUUUAACAAAGCUAGUUCUAACUGGCCUCCCCAUCAAAAGACUGAUGAGGAAUUCAUUCAAAAAAUUGCCAAAAUUAGUAGAGCUGUACGUAAAUGACAUGGGACUCAUUUCUGUUAGUGCCAGUGCCUUUUAUGGUCUGAAGAAGCUGAAAAUCUUGGACCUGUCCAAAAAUCAUUUGACUACUCUUUACCGCGACUGCUUUGGCCCGAGUGCGGUACCCAGCUUGCAGGUGUUCAACCUAGCAGAAAACCCCUGGAAUUGCAACUGUGAAUUGCAGUGGUUGAUGGAAGUCUUACGGACCAUCCCCGAGAGUGGAAACUCUGUGUACUGCGAAGAGCCCCCAAAUCCCGACGACCCAGCAAUCCUUAUCCCCUUGCGGAAUAUGACAGCGCAAAUUGCCGCCCAGUCAUGCAAGCCACCCACCGUCUCUGUCAGAUUCGGGGACCCCGACGCAAACGAAACAGUGAAGGUGGGGGCCACUGUAGUUAUCCAUUGUAACGCUACAGGGGAUCCGGCCCCAAUCAUAGAGUGGGGUGGGCCGUGGGGAAACGGUCGCCUGACCAUCUCCACUCACAACGAAUACGAGGAAAAAAACCACUACCUGGCACUUAACCCUGACGCCCUGGUUGUCAGAGAAGUGAAAGGCAAAGACAGCGGGAAUUAUACCUGUUAUGCAAGGAAUGGGGCAGGGACGGCACAGGCAAUCAUACAGUUACGUGUUCAGGGUAAGAUGAAGAACCCCGACCCGGAGCAGCGAGUAGGGCGGAACGGAAACAAUCCCUUCACAAACUCGACCCUUCAGAGCAACCAAUCCGACUACCCGGCUACAUUCGACCAACUCUUUCCCAUCCUUCUGGGCAGCAUUUUAAUGGGGAGUGGCACGUUCUUGGCAGUAGUCAUUCUGUGUUUGAUAGUGUUCCUCAUCUUGAGCAAGGCAAAGAAGCCCAGGGGACCUGAUCUUGGGGAUGAGUACGUAGCGGCUUCUCACGAUUCAGGUGGCGCGGGAGGUGGGAAAGGAAGAAAACUAAGGACCAAGAUUUAAUCUGUGCCACCGUUCACAUCCUCCCACCCGCUGUUACGACACGUCCUGCGAAACUUAUUGUUGGCGAUGUUGGAAAGGGUGGGUGAACUCCAUUACCUGCUUGCUGAGUUUAUGAGCAAAAUGAAGAACUGCAUACCAUAGCUGAAGGGCAGAGGAUCCUUCGCAGCACUAUCAUGAGGGUUGGUAAGUCCAUGAUUUACGGUAGAGAAAGAAUGGGGUGCAGACAUGGAGCACUUUGGUGCUUUCAUUCGGCCCUGGGGAGCAAUUUCUUGGGUGUUGGCAAUUUUUAAGCUGCAAUUAGUGGGGAGGAGACUGAAUCCCCUGGACAGCAUAAGAGUCUACUGUGUCGUAAGCCUGGCCACCUCGCCGUUAAAAGAGGCAAAUGUACCGUGUGGCCUCGUUGGUGUGUGUUUGUUCCUCCUAACGUGGCAAUGGGGUCAGCCAAAGUGACCACAGUAAUGAAUUUUCGGAACUGUUGCUCUCUCCACCUGUUCACAUCAGUGACGUCCGACUUUGAUUGGUGAUGCUCAAAACGUAAGCUGAUGAACUGGGACCGGAUUACAUGCAUGUAACCCGGCCCUAUCUAGCCAAAAGCCAAACUGACUAAAGCUCUGCCUUUUACAACCCAAGCAGUGAUGCCCAGUCUAAUCUGUUGAGCUGCACGUUCACUUAUUCUACAGGUUGUUUUUGCCAUAAACACUUAAAUGUACACACAUUUCAUGCAGGCCCGCCAGUUCGGGUCAUUCCCCGAUGAUUAGAAAGGCUGCAUUGACGACAUAGUAGGCCCUGCCCUGCAGGCACAGUAAGGAGAAAGUGUAUCAAAAUCGAGCUGACAAUUCCUCGGAGGGAGAUACGAAGUCCAUUUUAGGCCCGGCCUGUAAAUAGUGUAAGAUGAGCCCUGGUCGUUUGGCAGAACAGGAAGACCGUCACGCUGCAAAAUAGGGUGUGGCAGCUGCUAUGGGAAAUGCCAGAGAAACACAGUUGAUGAAUUUGCAUCAAGGAAUAUUUUUAUCUCGCUGAGGCUCUCCAGAGUGGUGCGUGUCAGUAGUUAUGGUGUGGGUAGUGGAGCGGGAUGAUAUGUAUCACUGCUUUUAUCUCUUAUCAGCAGUGGGAUAAUUGUGAAGAAACAUGGCAGAUUUUGCCAGGAGUACGUGUAUUUGGCAGUGUCUGGUGGGACUCUGCAUGUAAUUUGUCUUCUCCUUUCAAACCGUUCAUGCAACAAGGAUACCAUCAGUGCAUCUGAGGCCGCAACGUAUAAAUAUAGCUUUCAUAGCACAUAUUCACAGUUUUUAUUUUCAGAGAGGCGCACCCAGUACCGUAGUAAUUGUUAAAUGAUAAC